AUGUCAUCAAUUGCUUCUUCUGCGGUGAAUACACCAAACCCCACUGCCAACUCUAGUGAGGCAAAAAGACAUAACAGCACAACCGCAACAACUGACAAUGCGGCCUUUGGCGCUGGCGCUGGGAUAAAUAUAAAACGUGCCAAGGUACCAGAGGGCAAGACGUUUGAGGACUACCAACGCGUUUACAAUGAGAUCGCAACAAAAAUUUCCCAACACUUGGACUACGACCAUGGUGAUGGAUAUUUCGGGCAAUUGGUUAGAAAUGCCUGGCAUGCGUCCGCUACGUAUGCCGUUGCAGAUAAUUCUGGUGGGUCAUAUUACGGAACCAUGAUUUUCGAACCGGAAGAGUUUGAUUUUCAAAACAAGGGUACUGCAAUUGCUAGAAGUUUCUUGUCAUCUAUUCAAGUACAAAAUCCAUGGUUGUCAAGAGGUGAUUUGUGGACUUUAGCUGGUGUAGCUGGAGUGCAGGAAUGUAACGGGCCCAAGAUCAAAUGGAGACCAGGAAGACUCGAUGAUAAUACCGGUACCAAGGCUGCACCAGCUGGUAGAAUACCUGAUGGUGAGGGAGAUGCAAGAUACGUGAGGGAUUUCUUUGCCAGAAUGGGGUUCAACGAUAGGGAAACUGUAGCGUUGAUCGGUGCUCAUGUGUUGGGAAGAUGUCAUACACAUAUUUCCGGAUACGAUGGUCCUUGGGGAGAUGAUUCAAACAACUUCACCAAUGAUUUCUUUGAGAGGUUGAUGGGCAAUUGGCAUCUCAAGAACUGGGAAGGAAGAAAGCAAUAUGAGGAUGACGAAACAAACUUGUACAUGAUGUUGCCAUCGGAUAUGGCCUUGAAAGAGGAUAGCAACUUUUUCAAGUAUGUUCAGGAGUAUGCAAAAGAUGUGGACUUGUGGUUCAAAGACUUUGCUGCUGCUUAUUCAAAGUUGUUAGAAAGAGGAAUAGAGUUCCCUGAAGAUAACAAGCCGUUGGAGUUCAAGACUUUGCACGAGCAGGCAGAGUCUACCUAA